UUGAAGGAGGGGAGAUUGUGGGGAAGGGGGAGGCAUUGGCUGAACUGGAGAGAAGUGGAGACCCCUUCAUUGAGGAGCUGCUGCUGGUGCUGCAUGCCCAGCUUCUUUGGGCAACUUGGGCAAAGACUUGGCUUGGCUUCACAAUGGUGAUCAAAGUCUUUGUAGCGACGUCCUCGGGGUCGACAGCGAUAAAGAAGAAACAGCAAGAAGUAGUAGGCUUCUUAGAGGCCAACAAGAUUGAUUUUAAAGAAAUGGACAUAGCCUGUGAUGAAGACAAUCGGAAAUGGAUGAGAGAGAAUGUUCCAGGUGAAAAGAAGCCACAAAAUGGAAUCCCUCUCCCUCCACAAAUAUUCAAUGAGGAACAGUAUUGUGGGGACUUUGACUCCUUUUUCUCUGCAAAAGAAGAAAAUAUUAUUUAUUCAUUCCUAGGCCUUGCUCCUCCACUAGGUUCAACGGAGGGGAGGAUUAUAGAGGAGGUACCAAGUGUGCCAAAUGGUGACGUUUCAGAAGAUAACAAAACUGCAGAAGAAACUGAAAAGUCUGAAGUUACUGAAGAGAAUGAAGAUCACACAGAAGACAAUGCAGAGGAAGAGGCAGAAGCUGCUGAAGUGGUGACAGAAGAACAGGAAGAAAGCGAAGAACAGCCAGUGACAGAAGAAGCAGAAGAAGCACAGGAGGAAGAGGAGGAAGGAGAAGGGGAAGAGGAAGAGGAAGCAGGUGAGGAUGAGGAAGAAGAGGAAGAGGAUGAGGAAGAAGAGGAAUCUUAGUAUAUUUUUAUGACUUUUCCUUCAAAAAGAUUGUUCAGGAACCUGAAGCCCAUGGCAGUCACCACAGAGUGAAGAUAAAAACAGCCAAUUUUCCUCCAUAAAAACAUUGUUGCCUUUCCUCUCUACAGCUCAAGAUAUCGGCAUAGAUGUUACUUGAGACAACAAGCAGCUCCACGUGCAGUCUUUAUAUAUGUGUGUUUUGUGUAUGAUACUCUGGUGUUGUGUCAUUUGGAGCUUCAGAUGUUCAGAACCUGAUGACCAACCGACAUUGUGGGUCUGAUUUUUAGCAUGUAGAUUCCUAUGGGUAGGGAUUAGUUCAGUCUCCAUGUUGGUGUCUCACCCAUGAACACAAUGGCAAUUCUUGGAAGAGAUGGUAUUCAGAACUGGAAACUCCAAAGAAACUCCUCUUACAUUUGUGCCUUCUUAUCUCUAAACUAGCCUUUGAAGUGGGUGUUAUUUUUAAUGUACAGCUAUAAUUGAAAUAAACACAUUUCAUGCCAACUA